UCAGGUCAGGCAGAAGUCACCCGAGAACUGACCUGUUUUCAGAUGUCAGAAUCUUCUUCCCCUGAAGUCCAUGCCCCUGCAGUCACCUUACAGAUGCCCCACCUUCCUGUUACUGCAGUAACUAGGACAUCUGAGAAGUUUUCAGGAGAGAAUAUCCGUCCAACAGGAACGACUAAUACUAAGGCUUCUUGCCUGCUGGGACAGGGCAAGAGCGCAAAUACGAUGGGAGUAAAAUCUUCCAACCAGACAGUGAAGGACUGGAAUUCAAUUACAAGGAGAACAAUGGAUUCAUCUGCCACUGGAGAGAAUGCUGCUUCUGUCACCAAGUCCGUCUCAACUGUGAGCUAUGGGCUGCGUAGUGGAGGUGAAAGUGCCAUUGACAGUUACUGUGAUGUGACCCCCAGCUCUCACUCACCUCCUCCUACCGUACGUGGCCAAGUUGAAAGGAGGCGAGAAUUGGUACGGUCUCAGACGCUCCCACGGACUACAGGAACCCAGGCCAGGAAAGCACUUUUCGAGAAACUUGAACUUGAUGAUGGGAAAGGAAAAGGAGAAUCCAGAGCUAAACUGAAGAGGUCGCUGAGUUUUGGGGUUGCCAGCGCUAGCAGCAUCAAGCAAAUUCUGUUAGACUGGUGUCGCUCAAAAACCAUAGGAUACAAGCACAUUGAUCUCCAGAACUUCUCCUCGAGCUGGAAUGAUGGGAUGGCAUUCUGCGCUCUUGUGCAUUCCUUCUUUCCUGAAGCUUUUGAUUAUAGUAAGCUUGACCCAGCUAAUCGCAAGCAGAACUUUGAGCUGGCCUUCACAACAGCUGAGAAAAUGGCUCACUGUGACCGUCUGAUAGAAGUGGAAGAUAUGAUGGUGAUGGGUCACAAGCCAGAUCCCAUGUGCGUCUUCACCUAUGUCCAGUCUCUGUACAGUCAUCUACGACAUUUUGAAUAAAACCAUUGAUGCCCCUCCAGCUGGAAGGAUCAAGUACAGCAUGCUGAUGGGAAGAGUGACAUUUUACAAAUGGAACACAGUAUUAUUUCUUGCUUUUUGCUGUCCCUUUGCUUCGAUUCAGCUGGGUGGCUGGCUGGCUGACUGAAGUAUUGCUGAGCAGUGCCCUGAAGUGUUGAUCACAGCACUGUGCCAGUAAUACAGAAAUAGGUUUGGAAAAGACAAAAAGACAUUGGCAAAGGCAAAUACUGUCAUUUUGGUGCUAGUAGUAGAUCGGAUUUUUACAAUUUUUAUGUUUAAAGAUCACAGGAAGCAAAUUUGUUUCUCCUGUCUCUCUAAGACUGAGGACAAUAUUAUGCAGUGAUUCUGCUAUGAAGGUGUUCCGUCUUAAAAUGCAGGUAAAACUCCAGAAGAUAACACCUUCAGUUUCACUUCUCUGUAGAGCAUAGUACAAAAGAACUAGCAAACUGGAAAGCAAAAUUCUGUCUAGCAAAUAAUAACCUAGAGUACUCAACCACUAGGGCAAUAAUGCCUCUCCUUCAACCCUACGCCUCUACUCCAGCAUACACACACAUAGAUCAAACAGGCGUUGUUUUGUUCUCCUAAAGCAUAAAGAGAGUAUAACCUCUGGUCUGAUGAGUAUGCUGACAGAUUACUAUGUUACAUAAUUUAACUGUAAGGCAUUUAUCUGUAAGGGUCAAAUCUAGCGGUAUUUGCUGAGAGGCUUGCUAAAGCCUCUACUGGCAGUCCUGGAUAAAUUUCUUGAUGAGAAUAGCAACAGGUGGGACUGUUCUUUGUCUGAGAUUGUGCUCUUCCAUGGUUUAGGAUUGCAGGAAAGGUAGGAGCUAGCGAGGUACAAAGUCCUUUGAACAGUUGUAUUAGAAACAAGCCUGUUAUGUGCUUUUACCUGGAUUCAGGGGGAGAGCAGCCUUUCAGUGUGGACAGGAGUGAACUCUUUACAACUUGUUCAGUACAGAUGCCGAUUCUGAGGUAGAUGAACAAUACACAAAAAAAAAAAUCUGAAAGGUGUGGGCGUUUUGAAAUAGUUUCAAAAGCUUUGCACUAGUUUCAGUUAAAUUAACAUUAAAACCACGGUACAGUUAGAUUCUUCCUCAUUUACUGGACUGAAAAAAAAAAAGCCUUCUAUAAUUAUUUCUUCCCUAAGAACAGGGUUGUAGAAAGUAAAAGCCACAAGUCCUCUGCUCAUGCUAGAGAAUGGUUUUUAACCUGCCCUUGUGCUUUUUGUAGAUAUUUAGAAAGAUUAAUUUGGUUCUGUAUUGAUGCUCAUUUAUAAUAAAAUACAUCAAGCGUUCUACAGAUUUAUUUCAUCUUUUUAGAAUGAUGGGACAGAUAACCAAACAAAAUUAGUGAAAACAACACAGAGCUUUUACUUAAAAGAUUUUUGUUCCAGUCAUGAUUCUGUGUGGUCUGAAUUUCAGUUAAAAAAAGUAAAAAAGUUCAACUGCAUUUGAAAUAUGACUUUAGUUCAGUCUAGUCAAGUUUACUUAAGAAACCAUUAUUGAAGCAACCGCUUUGUUAGCAUACAGGUGCCAUUGCCUUCAGUUUUUUACUUUGUCUUGAAUGACUGUAAUUCUGAGGAGUAAGUGUGUGCCUGUAGCUCUACCAAAUGCACUGUAAGGAUAAACACAUUGUACUUAUGUUCUGGAGGAGUUUGGAUUAAGCACGAUGAGAAAUCUAUCGAAAACUGGCACGCACAACACACCUAUUUACAUUCUUACAGUAGAAUGCUUUUUAUUGACUAGCGGAGCCAAGUUCCAUCAUAACUAUCACAAGAGGGACAAUACUGGCUUAAUACAACGCAUUCCUUUGCAGUCCAAGGUCAUGGAUGAUUUUACUAUACAAAACAAAUGCUGAAGACACAGGUGAGUGCUUGGGCAAUUUAGGUCUAAUAGCAUAUAAUUAUAUAAAGGAAGUUUUAGACUGUAAAAUUAUUGCCAAUUCACCUGGGUGAAUUUACAUCCUUUCUGUAUUUUAGCUUGUUUUUGCAGCUACCCACAAGGUAUUUGUAUGGGUUUUCUAAAGUGUUCCUGCUUCAGAGAAGUGACAGUAAAAAUACCCUUACCAGCCACCUGUUUGCGGGGAAGUGGGAGACGAUAAGCUGAGUUGGUCUAUUGAUGGUUUGUGUGUAAGGGUUACGGAGAUAGUGCUAUGACAUACUUUUAGGAAAACUUACAGCUUUGUGCAUUAAGAUGUCUGUUCUACAUGAAUAAUCUCAACUAUUUGAUUGUAUGAUUAAAUUGAAAUUAAAGUAUAUAAUGUAUGCCCCCAA